AUGUCGCAAAGAAUCGAUUUACCUCAAAUGAAAUCCAUCUGGAUUGCUGAAGAUGAAGAAGCUGAAAAAUUAUACUGUGUGCAGGCUCAACAAAUCAUGGGCUUAGAUAGCGACGACGAAAUCGGAAUAACGUUAAUUAAUAGUGACAGACCUGCAUUGAAUAAUAAGAAAAACAUAGAGCUGCCUCCUUUGAAGAAUCGUAGCUCCAAUGUUCAUUUCUUGGACAUAUCUAUUCCAUCUACAAAGAAAAUGGGUAAGAAAAAAAGUUUUAUGAAGCUUUUCAGAUCAAAUCAAUCAUCCGACAAGAAAGAUAGAUCUAUAUCUACACCAUUCGAUUUCCAUCAUAUCUCCCACGCAGGCACCCCAAUAGAGGAACCGGAAGAACCAGAAAGAAUGGAACAACUUGACGAUGAUCCCCGUCAAUUCCACGUAUUACAGAAAUUAGACAGUGCAUUCGUUACAGAAUCAAUAUCAGAUGCAUCAUCAUCAAGACGUCCUAUAUCUGGAAGUUCAUCCAUCUAUACAGCUUCUACAACAAAAACAGACCGUAUAAUGUCAACAUCGACAAUGGCAACUACGAUACUGGAGAGAACUCCAUCUGUCUUCAAUAAAUUGAAGCAUCAAAACCAUCCAAGUAACGAACUCUCAUUAGAAUACUUAAAAGAUUAUACAUUCCCAACAAUUCUAGAAAAUAAACCAUCAAACGACUUUACAAGAUUGAAAACCGCGUCUAUACCAAAUUCCUUAACCACACCUGAACUUGAAGAGUGUCUAUUUUCUGACAACUUUUCAGGUAAAAGAAUAUCUGUUGAUGACAUUCUAAAAUACUACAAUACCAGUAGCAAUUCUUCGCCGUAUAUAUGA